AUGACCAUCAUACGGUCGACAGUUCCUGCCCUGCAAGGUUAUGAAGUCGUCAGCCAUCAGAGGACACAAAACGAAUUAUUGGAGUCAGAGUUGUUGAAGACAAAGGAAGAACGUAGUGCAGGCUUUGAGAGAAAACGGGAUAUGGGUCUUACAAAGAGCUGGCUUCAUUCAUACAAUCGAAUACAGAAUCAGAGUGAUGAAGCCACACACUUGUCCGACAGCUUCUGGACAACGACCGCUCGUCCCUUCGCGCGCUGGAUGCUCACGCCCAUGGGUAUCUUGACCACGAUUUACGCAUUGAAUAUUGUUGCCUGGGGAGGUAUGCUGUUCCUCCUGAUGUGCAAUGCAGCGCCGGCGAUGUGUCACCCCGACUGCGACAGCCUUGAUUCGUCGCGCCGAGUCUGGAUCGAGAUUGACUCUCAAAUCUUGAACGCCCUGUUCUGUGUGACGGGAUUUGGGCUGGCACCCUGGCGCAUCCGCGACCUAUAUUUCUGGGGGUUAUGGCGACUCAGUCGAUCGGAGCGGAGUCGUCAAAGAGGGCUCGGUCGCCUGGCAGAUAUACAUUCUAGUUGGUUCCUUCGGCCUCGGGAGGUGAUGGACAUGCUGCCCACUGCAUCUUCUCCCACCAAACUAGACGUAGUACAUCUCACACCAACUCCGCUCUGGAAGAUGGACGCCGUGGUCUGGGGCAACACACUCAACACUGUCUUCCAGACUUGUCUCGCCUUAUGUAUGUGGACGAUGAAUCGACUCAAUCGGCCGAGCUGGACCACUGGUCUUUUCGUUGCCCUGGCCUGCCUCGUUGUCGGCUUCGCAGGGGGGGUGACAUGGUUGGAGCAAAGGCGAAUCAAGAGCAAUCCCAUUCACGAAGCGGUCUCGGUGACAGCUGAAGGCACCACAGAUGCUAAGCCUCCGUCUGGGACGUGA